UUUUUUUUUAUUUUUUUUUAUUUUUUUUUAUACGUAUAUAUAUGGCCUAUUAUUCAGCUCAUGACAAUGACUUUCGACAAGGUCCUUCUAACCAUUAUGCACCACCACCACCAUUACCUCAACAUUAUGAUACAUAUGCCAUGAACGAUGUUCAUUCACAUCAAGAAAAAGACUACUAUGAACCUGACCAAAUGUACUCAGCCUAUCAAAAUAAAACACCUAUGACGCAACCACAAGGUUAUCAAUAUCUGGAUGAUCCUUAUCAUCAACCUGAUCCUUAUGACUAUGAUGAAAAGAAAAGACGAUCAUGUUGUGAUAUUCUCUGUUGUGGAUGUUGUACUUGUUGUCCUCGCUGGGCUAGAUAUUGUUCUUGUGUUUUCUUAUUAUUGAUCAUUGCUCUUGGGAUUGUUAUUGGUGUCUUGGCUGCUAUUUUCAAGAAACCAUCUAUUGACUUUGGUGGUAUUCAAGGUGAACCUCAAUUCAAUUUAACUGGAACAACUGCAAAUAUCGCUUUCAAUGUCAAUUUUACUGUGAAUAAUCCAAAUAUCGAAAGUGUUACUUUUAAAAAUAUUGAAGCAAAGGUUUAUUAUCCAAAUGUAAAUGGUUUGGACUUAUCUCAUUACUCUAUUGGGGGUGGCAAUAAAUCAGAUGUUCAUAUCAGUUCCAAUGCGAAUACAACCAUUAUGUUUCCGUUAUCCCUUCAACUUGAUGCAGCUAGUGAAAAUACUCGAGCCAUCCUUAGCGAUAUUACUCAAAAGUGUGGUAUUGGUGGUGGUACUCCUCAAGAUAUUACUAUCAAUUAUGAUAUUAUUCCAAACAUCAAUAUUAUUGGUAUUCCAAUUACAUUUACUGUUUCUAGUCAUAGUUCAUUUGCUUGUCCUUCGAGUAUUGCCAAUGGUAUGAACGGGAUUCUCGGAACUUUGGGUAGUUUACUUGGAUCUGGUACUUUACCUUCUGGUGGUUUAAAUAGUCUGACAUCUUUACUUGGUUCAAAUGGUAUACCACUUCCUACUGGUCUUUAGUUUAUUAGUAUAUAGAUUAUUGUAUUUUUAGAUUUAUUUUUUUUUUUUUUUGUGUAUAAAUAAAAAUAUGUCAUAGUCAGGGGAAGAAACAAAAAAGGAAACACCGGGAAUUGAAAUAAAAACCAGUAUGAAGAAGUUUGGUUGGGUCAAACCCCUAUCAUUUUUUUUUUUUUUUUGUUUCUCUUUCUUUUUUUUUUU